UUCGGCUCCUUCGUUGUUGUUCGACUUCGCUCCUUCGACGACGUUCCCUAUUCCUGUCGGAUCGGAAGUUACGACAUUUUGAUCGGAAGUAGGGACGGGAGCUCCCUUUCGCGCGCUUCUUCGGCCAGAGAAACGGAAGAUUUAUUCCGCCGCGAGAUUUACGUCGAGCGUAAAUACCGUUUGGCAGGUUUUAGGCUAAAUCCUGCCAAACAGCCCCUUUGUGACCACUGCCCAGGACUCGAUCAGCCAUUUAGUACGAACCACCGUAGUGAACUUCUUUUCAUCGGCUCUGCGAAGAUUACUUCCUCCUCAGCUCACAAUGAAGCUCGAUGUGGACGCUUUGAGGUAUCUAUCAAAAGAAGAUUUCAGAGUCUUAACCGCCGUCGAGAUGGGGAUGAGAAACCAUGAAAUUGUUCCCGCGGAGCUUGUUGAGCGGAUUGCCGGCCUCAAGCAUGGGGGAACCUACAAGGUAUUGAGGAAUCUUCUAAAACAUAGGCUUGUACAUCAUGACUCCUCCAAAUACGAUGGAUAUCGGCUGACCUACCUUGGAUAUGACUUCCUUGCAAUCAAAGCACUUGUCAAUCGUGGAGUAUUUUCUUCUGUUGGCAGGCAGAUAGGUGUUGGCAAGGAAUCUGAUAUAUUCGAGGUUGCCACUGAAGAUGGAACGAUUUUGGCUAUGAAGCUGCAUAGGUUGGGAAGGGUUUCUUUCAGGGCUGUGAAAUCUAAGCGAGACUAUUUGCUGCACAGAAGGAGCUAUAACUGGCUAUACUUGUCAAGGCUUGCUGCUCUCAAAGAAUUCGCCUUUAUGAAGGCUUUGGGAGAGCAUGAAUUUCCUGUUCCUCGUGCUGUGGACUGCAACCGGCAUUGCGUUGUAAUGUCUCUUGUCCAAGGUUACCCAUUAGUGCAAGUGAAGCAACUACAAAAUCCUGACGAGGUUUUUGAGAGAAUUAUUGGGCUUAUUGUUCGUUUGGCAGAGCAUGGGCUUAUUCAUUGUGAUUUUAAUGAAUUUAAUAUCAUGAUUGAUGAUGAAGAGAAGGUCACCUUAUUGAUUUCCCUCAGAUGGUGUCGGUUUCUCACCGUAAUGCACAAAUGUACUUUGAUCGAGAUACCGACUGCAUUUUCAAGUUUUUCAGUAAAAGAGAAUGGUAGGCCGUCAUUUUGGUCCAUAGAGAAGUCUGCUGGUUUCUUGGACAAGGAACUCGCAGCUAGUGGCUUCACAAGAAAGGAUCAAGAUGAAAUUGAGAAGAAACUUGCAUAGGAUAAUAUUUUAGCCAUCUGUAUUACUUGACUGUGGAUUCCUUCAGCGUUCAGCACCGGAGUUUAUUCCAAGUUAAAUGCUUUACUGAGCUGUUGUUAGACAUGCCAUCAUUUUGGUCCAUAGAGAAGUCUGCUGGUUUCUUUGACAAAGAACUCGCAGCUAGUUGCUUCACAAGAAAGGAUCAAGAUUAAAUUGAGAAGAAACUUGCAAAGGAUAAUAUUUUAGCCAUCUGUAUUACUUGACUGUGGAUUCCUUCAGCGUUUAGCACUUAACUUCAUUCCAAGUUAAAUGCAUUACUGAGCUCUCACAUCAACAUGGAAAUAGUAAGAGGACCAUCUCUCUUUCUCAAGCUUUUGCCCAUUUGGUUAUUGAAAUAUCUGAAAUGGCCAACUUCUCAGCUACGUACAAGUAUAAAUAAUUAGAACAGGUGAACUUUUGUUUUUACAUAAUUAUAACCUCAGAAGUGUGUGCAUUUUCUUCUUUAUAUAAGAAAACAUAAUUAAAUUAUUAUUCUGACAGAUGAACA